GCUUUUUUUUUUUUGGUCAUUAGGAAUGGUGAUUCCAACCAAUAAGAGGUAAGCUCUCUUUUCAAGUUUUGAAUUAAUUUAAAAUUUUAAAAAUUAGGGUUUCAUAAUAAAUGCACACUCAUUUCUUAAACUCUCUAUUCUUCUUCUUCUUCUUCUUCUUCUUCUUCUUCUUCUUCUUCUUCUUCUUCUACAUUCAAAGUAAAAAAAUAAACAUAAAAAAAAUCAGAAUUUCACCAUGAUUUUCGUGAGCAUGUGAAGGAGAGAAAGAAGAAAAAAAAACGUGUGAGGAAAAAAUAGAAAGGGAGAGAGAGAAAACGCAUGGGAGUAGAGGGGAAGGGGAUGAAGAAUAAAAGAAGUAGAUCUAAAGAUUUAGAAGGAAGGGUUGGAAAGAAGAGACAAAUUUUUUAUGAUAACUCAUUGUCUCCUAAUCGAAUCAGGUCAAAAUUGCUUUUAGAUCGCGCUCGUCGGUAUAGAUCUCCUAUGAAAAUUUUGGAGUCGUCCUCUUCAAUGUUCGAAAGUAGAACUCGGCGUUGUCUUCAUAGUGAAUCUUAUUGUUCUUUUUGUAAGGAAUACGAAAACCAUGUAUGUGUAGAUGAGGUAGACCAUGAUGUUCCUAUCCCACCAUGGAGUUUUGUCAUACCUGAUGAAGAUGGUGAUGCAAUGACCAUUAAUAUACCAUCAGAUGUAAACAAAGGGAACCUUCAAAUUCCAGACCAUGUAAAAUGUGUUGGGGUGGCAAAAGUAAAUGCUUUGCUCACAAUGGUUGUUGGUUUGCAAAAUAUUUUAAUUACAAAGAUCCUUGAAUCUAGAGAUAGGUUAAAUGGUUCAAAUAAUAUUAUCCAUCAACUUCGUCGUCGUCUGCAACUAUGUGAAGCAUCUCAAAUAUCUGAAGACCAUAAUCAAGAUAUCAUUGAUAGUAGCAAUGUAAUCAAUAAAUAGGGAGAUGUGGA